AAGCAGGUUGUGCUUUGCACCUAUUCCUCCCCUCCUGAUCUAAUAGCCAGCCCUCAUGUGUCUUCCAGAAAAGCUAUUGCCAAGUCCAGCCUCCAGCACAUGGUAGCCCAGCCAAACCCUGCAGUAGCCAUGAGGAGCGACUCGGAGAGGCAGAUACGCAGCGCUGUGGACUGGAGUGAGACUGCGGUCUAUGGGGAGCACAUCUGGUUUGAGACCAAUGUCUCUGGGGACUUCUGCUACGUUGGGGAGCAGAACUGUAUGGCAAAGCUGCUGCAAAAACCUCUCUCCAGGCGUAAGUGUGCAGCCUGCAAGAUCGUAGUGCAUACACCCUGCAUUGAACAGCUGGAGAAAAUAAAUUUCCGCUGCAAACCUUCCUUCAGGGAAUCAGGAUCCCGGAACGUACGGGAGCCCAUAGUUGUCCGGCAUCACUGGGUACACCGAAGGAGGCAGGAAGGGAAAUGCCGGCAGUGUGGCAAGGGUUUCCAGCAGAAGUUUGCCUUCCACAGUAAAGAGAUUGUAGCCAUCAGCUGUUCCUGGUGCAAACAAGCGUAUCAUAGCAAAGUGUCGUGUUUCAUGCUGCAACACAUUGAAGAGCCCUGCUCGCUGGGGGCUCAUGCUGCUGUUGUCGUUCCUCCAACCUGGAUUCUGCGGGUCCGACGGCCCCAGAACCCACUGAAAUCUAGUAAGAAGAAGAAGCGGACAUCGUUCAAGCGGAAAUCCAGCAAAAAAGGGGCCGAGGAAGGGAGGUGGAAACCGUUUGUCAUCAAGCCCAUGCCAGCUCCUCUUAUGAAGCCCUUGCUGGUGUUUGUGAACCCUAAGAGCGGUGGGAAUCAGGGAGCUAAAAUCAUCCAGUCCUUCAUGUGGUAUCUCAACCCCCGGCAAGUUUUCGACCUCAGCCAGGGUGGACCCAAGGAGGCGCUGGAGCUGUACCGCAAGGUUCACAACCUCCGGAUCCUGGCAUGCGGGGGAGACGGCACGGUGGGCUGGAUACUCUCCAUUCUGGACCAGUUACGCCUCAACCCACCUCCUCCUGUGGCGAUCCUACCUUUGGGGACAGGGAAUGACUUGGCCAGGACGCUGAACUGGGGAGGGGGUUACACAGAUGAGCCUCUGUCCAAGAUCCUGUCGCACGUUGAAGAUGGGAACAUUGUGCAGCUCGAUCGCUGGAACCUCCAUGUGGAGCCAAACCCCGAUGCGAACCCUGAGGAAAAGGAUGAGACGGCCACUGAGAAGCUCCCCUUGGAUGUCUUUAAUAACUAUUUCAGUCUUGGCUUUGACGCACGGGUGACACUGGAGUUCCACGAAUCCCGAGAGGCCAACCCGGAGAAGUUCAACAGCCGGUUUCGGAAUAAAAUGUUCUAUGCUGGGACGGCUUUCUCCGACUUCCUCACAGGGAGCUCCAAAGACUUGGCAAAGCACAUCAAAUUGGUUUGCGAUGGGGCAGACCUGACCUCUAAGAUCCAGGACCUGAAGCCCCAGUGCCUGGUCUUCCUGAACAUCCCCAGGUACUGUGCAGGCACCAUGCCCUGGGGCAACCCUGGGGAGCACCAUGACUUUGAGCCCCAGCGCCAUGAUGAUGGCUGCAUUGAAGUUAUUGGCUUCACCAUGACAUCCCUGGCUGCCUUGCAGGUCGGUGGCCAUGGGGAGCGGCUGUGCCAGUGCCGGCAGGUAGUUCUCACCACGUCCAAGGCCAUCCCCAUGCAGGUAGAUGGAGAGCCCUGCAAGCUGGCAGCUUCUUGCAUCCACAUCUCCCUGCGCAAUCAAGCCAACAUGGUGCAGAAGACCAAGCGGCGCAACUCCAUGCCUCUGCUCAAUGACCAGCAGCCAGUGCCUGAGCGGCUGCGGAUCCGGGUGAGCCGAAUCAGCAUGCGUGACUACGAGGCACUGCACUAUGACAAGGAAAAGCUCAAGGAAGCCUCUGUGCCGCUGGGGAUCAUUGUGGUUCCUGGAGACAGCGACCUGGAGUUGUGCCGGACCCAAAUUGAAAGGCUGCAGGAGGAGGGAGAUGGAGCCAAACCGAAGACACUGUCAUCCCAGAAGCUGUCGCCCAAGUGGUGCUUCCUGGACUCAACCACGGCCGAUCGGUUCUACAGGAUAGACCGUGCACAGGAGCAUCUCAACUAUGUGACAGAGAUCUCUCAGGAUGAGCUCUAUGUGCUGGACCCAGAGCUAGUGAUCACCCAGACUGUGGGCACCUCUCCUGCCAUGCCUGACCUUGUCGACUCAUCUGCCGCACCCACUGGGCAUCAUUUUGCAUUCCCCUCCUCUUCCCACUCUCCAUCCUCCUCCUCUGCCCCCAGCGCUGAGCCUGAGCACUGCCUCCCGCACAAAGACAACCUUCUGAUAGAAGCUGCCAAGAGUGGCAAUUUCAGCAAGUUCAAAGAGCUGCACCGGGCUGGAAGAGACCUGAUGGUGCGAGACUCCUUGGGCCAGACUGUCCUCCACCAUGCUGUCAGAUCGGGGAGCAAGGACAUCGUCAAAUACAUCAUCGAGAAUGCCCCUUCAGAAAUCCUCGAUGCCACAGAGGAAGAGAACGGCGAAACCAGCUUGCACCAGGCUGCAGCCUUACGCCAGCGCACUAUCUGCCACUACAUCGUGGAGGCUGGGGCUUCACUCAUGAAGACGGACUUGCAGGGAGACACCCCCAAGCAUCGGGCUGAGAAAGCCAAUGACCCUGACUUAGCUGCCUACCUCGAGAACCGACAGCACUACCAGAUGAUCCAGCGGGAGGACCAGGAGACAGCUGUGUAGUGCUUGGCGUGCCUUAGCCCAGGCCAACUUGGGCAGGACAAGAAGAGGAUGAUGGCAACUGGCAGAGCUGUGAGUCUGGCCCAGCCCUCCUUAGAUGUCAGCCUGGUCCCCGGAGGAGAUUGAGACAGCAGAGCUCAGCCCCAGGCUGGGCUGGGACUCUGUUUAUGAGGACAGUGGGUGUUUGGGAUUUGAAGCCUGGCUCUUUGUGUGUGUGCCCCUUUGCCCCUCAUCCACCACAUUCCC